AUGAGGAUUUCUUUGAAGGACGAGAAAUUCUUCAAGAGCAUAUUAGGUGUGUUUGCCGACAGAGGUGGGGUCACGCUCGACACAAGGCAAGAAGCCAUUUCCAUCUCAUCGCACGGACAAAGUAGUUUUUAUUUGACGAUGACUAAUGACGUAGUCAUUAUUAAUGGAGAGAGUUUGACAUUUACUGUAAAGGCACAGCAUCUGCUUGAGGGAAUGAGCGUCCUGAGCGGAUGCGACCUUAUUGCACAAGACGAGCUCCGGCUUGUGGAUGGAAGAAGCACCAUAUCCAUUCCCUUUAUACCUACAGUACGGAGUGAAUACGAGGAACUUGAUGCGCCCAGCACAAAGAUUAUAGUAGGGCCGGAGCUCCUGGAUGGAUUCAUGGCGCUGAAGGGGCUGGUAACCUACGAGGUUGAGAAAGACAAGCUAUUUGUCAGAAGGGCCGGGGGCGAGGUGCUGGAGGAGGUUGAAUUCCCGAUGGUUGACUUUAUUGUGGCGGGAGAUCUGCAGUUCAGGUGUAACAACAAGUGGACAGAUGUGCUGGGCAAGAUCAGGGGGUAUGUCGACAGCAUGAUGCUUGCAUUCGGCCCAGAUAUCCUGUGCAUCCAGUUUCUGUUCAAGAGGUAUCCUGGAAGCUAUUUGGAGCUACGUGUUUCGAGGUCUCUUGAGGAAUGA